CCGACCUGUGCCAGCGGAGCCGGGCGUGUGCCUUGUGCUUGGGCGUCUGCAGGGACUGCAGGGAGGAGAGCACCGCCAGAGCCCACCGCGAAGGAGAAGCCAUGUACCGGAGAAAGAUGAGAGGCAUGUAUAUCUCUAAGAGGGCAUUAAGAAAACACUUUGAUCCCCGGGAGUUUCCACAGGAGACAUACCUACUGUGCGAGCUGAAGUGGCGUGGGGGUAUCAGGUCUUGGAAGCACUGGGUCAGAAAUGACGAUUACAACAAUUGCCAUGCAGAACAGUACUUUCUGGAGGAAAUCUUUGAGCCAAGAAGCUACAAUAUCUGUGACAUGACCUGGUACCUGUCCUAUAGCCCCUGCUGGGAGUGCUGCGAUGUAAUUCGGGAUUUCCUGGAGGAUCAGCCCAAUGUGAAGAUCGACAUAUACGUGGCACGGCUCUACUACGUAAACUGUCCAAGGAACUGCAUGGCCCUCAGGGAACUUAAGAGCUUGCGGGAAGUGAGCAUUAAAGCCAUGGAAGCCGAAGACUAUAAUGACUGUUGGAACACCUUUAUACAGCGAGGUGUCAAUUGUGAUUUCUCGCCCAAGAAGUUUCAAUCAGAGAUACAGAGGAAUCGUGUAAAGCUCGAAGAUAUCCUUCAGGGUCUUCAUUUGUAGAAUCAAAGAAUCACAGAAUAUCUCAAGUUGAAAGGGAGCCAAAAGAUCAUCAAGUCCUUCUCCUCCCAUGACUACCUAAAACUAAACAAAAUGACUAAAAUCUUCAUCCAUGUUAUAAACUGUUAUGUAGUAGUUGGUUUUCACUAGAAUUUGUUUGGUUUAAUUAUAAAAUUGUAAUUGUUUUUAGAUAAUUAGUGUAAGUCUCAAAUUGCUUUUAAGUGUGGUAAAAUUUAUAACUGCUUGUGGGCAAUGUAAAAGGGGAAAUAAGGCUUUUAAUGUAAAAGGCUUUUAAAAGAUGGAAGUGGGCUUGCAAAAGGUGUCUUUUAAGAUAUGAUUAUUAUUGCAAAAUGUAUAUCCAAGAUAGCAUAAGUGAAGAGCAGAAGACCAUAAAGGAAGAGUUCCAAGCUUAAAAUGGCAUCAGAAGAGCACCCUAUACUGCCGACAUCUGCAACUAUUGAAUUGUGCAAACGCUGCAAAAAUCUGAAGCAAGAUUGUAGGCAACCAGCCCAAAAUAAAUCUGCAAAAUCUUCUGAGGAGGUAACACAACUGUAACAGUAUAAAAGACUGCAGACAGAAGAGGUGGGUGUGCCUGGCUGUGGCCGUGCACCCAGCGUACGCUGUAAGUUUUGCUUCGUGAUUAUCCCCUACUAUCAUUUACUAAAACUCUUAAAAAUUUAAGAGGAGUGGACUUUAUUUCUGAUAUCAGUGAAGAAUCUUUUCCUAAUGUCUAGGCUGAACAUCCACUAAUGCAGUUUCAUUGCAUUUACGCCAGUCCUAUCACUGAUCCGUGGUCUCAGGAUUACAUAAAUUUCAGGAUUACCUGGUCCCAAGUGGAGAAUGCAGCACUUGCUCUUGUAAUAUUUCAUACAAUUGGUGACUGCUCAGCUCUUCAGUAUCCAGAUCUCUCUGCAGGGCCUCUUUACCCUCAAGGGAAUCCACAGAUCCUCCUAGUUUAGUUCAUUGGCAAGAUUACUUAAUUUUGCUUCCUACAUUUGAUUCCCCCAUUCAGAUGAUUUAUAAGAACGUUGAAGAUCAUUGUCUGUAAAAAUGAGCCCCAGGGAGCCCCAGUGGUGGCAAGUCACCAGCCUGAUGUAAUCUCUGGCUGUAACUUUUUGAGCUAUCAGCCAGCUGCUCACCCAGAGCCCUAUGGACUUAUCUCGCUGUGUGCUGGACAUUUUAUCCUGGAGGUGCAGUGCUGAGGCCUGAACCAGGAUCCUUGAGCCUCACUAACGAAGUGCUAUUAGCCAUAUGAUAUCAUUUUUUUGGUGAAACAUGUAUUCACCUUUCUGUAUUUAGAAUAUGGACAAGGCCAGGUCUGUUUUGGACUACCUCUAUUUUUUCUAUCUUUCCUUCUUCCUUUCUCCCUCUGCUUAAAAGUUCAAGUCACUGCUGCCACAGGCUGCCCAGAGAUGGCUGUUGCCACAUGUUGUUCAGAAAGGUUAAAUCUGCAGAAAUCCAGGCUGUUCAGAAAGGUUUGAAUUGUUGCUGCUACAGACUGUUAAACUGAUCAUACGGUUUUAAUUGCUGCAGCCUAUAAAUAAAAGUUUCUAAUUGA